AUGGCAAAGACAGCGCAAAGCAGCCCGGCUUCGGCGCCGGAGACGUCCCUCUCCACAGACCCUCACGCCACCGAUCCUGCGCUGCUUCGCGAUCAUUCCCAGUUCAAGUCUUACAAGACGAGCCGCUUCGAGUAUCCUGAGAUUCGCGUCUUCUUCCGCCAGCAUGUCAAGGCCGACCAGCUGCCCAAGAAACCCGCGCCGCUGCCGCUGCUGGUGUGCAUCCCGGGCUUGGGCGGCUCGGUUGCGCAGUUCCAUCCGCUGCUGAGGAGCUUGGUUGACCUGGCGCCGUGUCUGGCCAUCGAUUGGCCUGGCGGCGGACGAUCCAAGUUUGCGCCGACAGAAUGGGCGGCGUACACCUCAGAGGCAUUGAUGGAGCUGUUGGAGGUGAUCAUCGAGGAUCAUCGCGACAAGGAGCACGACCAGGGCGUGGUCUUGAUUGCGCAUAGCAUGGGCACCAUCUUGUCGGCUGGUCUGGCGAAUCCCAAGUUGCCGCACAAGACGGCUCUUGCCAAGCAUGUUGUUGGGCUGGUUGCGAUUUGUCCCGUGUCUGGACCGAUGGAGGAAUCGAAAGCAAAAUUUAUCAAGCGGCUGUUCUGGAUUCCCGGCUGGAUCUUUGGCCUCUGGCGCAUGUGGGAUGGCAGAGGAGGGCCCAGCAGCACCAGCGUUGCGCGCUUCGUGGGAGAGGGCGCACCGGCCGAGCUGAAGCUCAUGCAGUAUCGAUACAAUCAGCAGAGCCGAACGCCGGUCUGGAGACGGAUGGCAUAUGGCGGCAUGGCGGCUCGGUACGAAGAUGGGAAGCCCAUUGGUGGCGUUCCCGGACCUGAGGCUUGGGCCGGCUUGGAUAUGCCCGUCUUCCUGAUUGCCGGCGAAAAGGAUAAUGUGACGCCGCCAAAGGAGGUGGAUAAGAUCGUCAAGGCCUUCCACUCACUGGAUGAUACCAUUGCGCAUAAUGAAGCUCAGCAGACACCCAUCGCAUCGGAGCUGAACUCACCUGCGAGUGUCAACGGCUCAACACAGCUUGACACUGAUGUCAAUGUCAACGGCGGCGGCCUGCCUGCUGAAGAUGCAGAAGACAGCGAUGCCAAUGGCCCUUCAACACCCGUCGAGUAUCCGCCAGACCUGCCCCCUCAGUCACAACACCCCAUGCGAGCCGUGCGAUCCAUCAUCCUCACCGGCGCAGCGGCAAACCACACGCUCCUCUACUCCCCACGCACAGUUCGCGCCCUCGCCGGCCUCGUAUCCGAUUUUCUCGCCGAUCACAUCACCCAGCGCCUCUCGCUCGCCUGGCAGCUCCAGCACCUCUCUCGCGAGGGCAAAUGGGAUGUAAAGAACCUCCUCAAGUGGCAGGGCGUCAAGCCCGUUUCCGAACUCAUUGGCCCCAGCGACAAGCCCGUUUUCCGCGUCAUCAAGACGCUUCGCGAGGCCGACGACGUGCACUGCCCUGCGGUAUUCGCCGAGAAAUGGGGCCAUGCCAUCAAGGACGUCAUUGACAUCUCCAAGGACCAGCCUGUCUAUGACCCGCGCGGCCUCGAGCGCGGCGGCAUCCACUACCACAAAUUCCCUACCGUGUCCAAGAUCCCCCCCGAGGCAGAGACCGUCGACCAGUUCAUCAAGCUGGUCGAUUCCAUUCGCGAGGCUCAGCGCGAACGCGCCGCCGCGGAAGGCUGGUCUGCUCCGGAGCAGUGUGUCGUGGGCGUGCACUGCCAUUACGGGUACAAUCGCUCCGGCUACUUUGUUGUUUGCUAUCUCGUUGAGAAGUGUGGCUUUGCGCUGGCAGAUGCCAUUGAGGCGUUCAAAACGGCGAGGCCAAACGGAAUACGACACUCGCAUUUUCUGGAUAAAUUGUACAUGCGAUAUAGUCUUGAAGAGAGACCUGUUGAGAAUUGA